AUGACUACAGACCUCAAUGCAUCGAUGAGACGAAUCGAUCUCUUUUGCAAGCUGAUUGGCCCUCUGUUCAUCUCAUUUGUCGAUAGCUACUCUACUCGAGUCGCCAUUUGGACGAUUUUUGGGUUGAACAUGGCGUCGGUGCUGAUUGAGUAUCUUGCCAUUGCCCAGGUUUAUCGAUCGGUCCCUGCCUUGAAGAGGACAACGACCAUUCUUCGCCGAGAUGACACAGACGCAGCCGCAGCCACGCGAGUUCAACCCCGGCAAUGCCAGAGCUUUGUGAACCACUUGCGGGAGGCAUCAGAACCAUGGCGUGAGUAUGUGGCAAGUCCCGUAUUCCUCGCGUCAUUCGCAUUGAGCCUGCUUUACCUUACAGUGCUCUCUUUCGGCGCUACAAUGGUCACAUACCUUCUCGAAAGUGGAUUCAGUUCGCUGGAGGUCAGCUUUAUGCGUAUUGGGUCUGUGGCAGCCGAGCUAUCGGGCACUUGGACUGCACCGCUCAUCAUGAACAAAAUUGGACCCAUCCGAUCCGGACUGUGGUUCCUGAACUGGCAGCUUUGCUGUGUCGCUGGUGCGACUGCUACCUUUGUGAUUUGGGACUCGAACGCCAAACUAGUUGCAGGUAGCCUGGUUGUAGGCGUCGCUUUGAGCCGUAUUGGUCUUUGGGGCUUUGAUCUGUCGGCACAGUUCCUGGUGCAGGAAAAUGUUCAAGAGCAUGCUCGGGCACGUUUCUCUGCCACUGAGGUGGCACUGCAGAACAUCUUUGAGAUGCUCUCUUUUGCGUCUACUAUAGUCUUCCAUCUGCCGAGCCAAUUCCAGUAUCCAGUGAUGAUUAGCAACGGAGCAGUUGCAUUGGCCGCCAUAUGCUUCGCAACGUAUGUGCGUAAGGAACGCGGCCAUCUUUUGCACAGAUCCAAGUGCCUAGGAGGCGACAAGGUGCUACAUCGAGGAACUGGGUCGGCAGCGUAA